UUCACUUUAUCAUUUCUUCCCUCACUCCUCUCCUCAGUCCUCUCGCGGCAGCCCUGCGAUGUUUACGUUGUUUUGAAUUUCUUACUCCUAUUGCUCAGGCUUGCAUUUUGACGACUCAAAGUUUUCGUUAUUUUUUCCUCUAUCAGUCUAUCAAAUUUAUCAAUUUAUGGGCUUCUCUGGUUGUUACAUGCAAUCUUACUCUUACCCAGUUAAGCCAUUCACCCCUGUCAAUUGGAGAACCCAUCAAGAACUUCCAUGGAGGGUAUCUCUCUCUUGGAACCCGAGAACACUAAACCCUAUUAAAUCCACUAUACGGUCAGCAAUGGUUACAAUUGAAGGAGAAGAAACAGAAGAUGAUGGUGGUUUGAAAGAAGAGAGACCGAGGUUGAAGUGGGUUGAGGUAGGCCCUAAUGUAACAGAAGAACAAAAGCAGGUGAUCUCUCAACUCCCGCCGAAGAUGACCAAACGAUGUAAGGCCCUUAUGAGACAGAUCAUUUGUAUCUCCUCUCAAGAGAAAAAUCUAUCUCAGUUAUUGGACGCGUGGGUGAGAAUCAUGAAGCCCCAAAGAGCCGAUUGGCUUGUAGUUCUUAAAGAGUUGAAGAGGAUGGAGCAUCCACUGCUAUUAGAGGUAACAGAACUUGCCCUCCUACAAGAAUCAUUCGAAGCCAAUGUUCGUGAUUACACCAAGAUAAUUCAUGGUUAUGGAAAGCAAAAUCGGUUGCGAGAUGCAGAAAAUGCUUUCCUAACCAUGAAAAACAGAGGCUUUUCCUGUGAUCAGGUGACACUUACAGUUCUGAUUCACAUGUACAACAAGGCUGGUGAUCUUAAGCAGGCUGAAGCAACAUUCGAAGAGAUCAAGUUGCUGGGGGUUCCAGUGGAUCAAAGAGCCUAUGGAUCAAUGAUUAUGGCUUAUUUGAGAGCUGGAAUGACCACCCAAGGAGAAAAUUUACUAAGAGAAAUGGAAAUGCGGGAAAUAUAUGCAGGAAAAGAAGUUUUUAAGGCGUUGUUAAGAGCUUACUCCAUGGUUGGUGAUACCGAAGGAGCUCAAAGAGUGUUUGAUGCUAUCCAGCUUGGUGGGAUGACCCCUGAUGUUAAGCUGUGUGCACUUCUCAUUAAUGCUUAUGCAAUGGCAGGUCAAAGUGACAAUGCACGUAGUGCGUUUGAAAAUAUGAUGAGAGCUGGACUUGAGCCUAGUGAUAAAUGUGUGGCAUUGAUGUUGGCUGCUUAUGAAAAGGAGAAAAGGCUUAAGAAGGCAAUGGACCUUCUCAUAGAUUUGGAAAGAGAUGGUGUUAUCAUUGGCAAAGAAGCAUCAGAGAUCUUGGCUGGGUGGUUUCGUAAGCUAGGGGUGGUUGGUGAGGUAGAAUUUGUAUUGAGAGAAUUUUCGAAGAUGGAUGUGAAGAAACUGCCCUCUAGUUUCCUUAGAGCUUAGUUGAGUUGUUUACUCUGGGGCUUAUCCCCAUAAUUAAUCACUGUGUAGUGGGGCUAAUGGCAUAUGCAAGGAAUGGACUUUCCAUGUACUAGUUGUGGAGUUCCUGGUCCAUGUGUAAAGAUAGCCCUUAUCAGUGGCAAAAAUCAUCUGAGUAUGGACACUGGUUUGAUUGUUUUCUCAGUGGACCCGUAUUUUUUUUUUUUGGGGGGGGAAGUUUUCCAAGGCUAACCCAUCAACAUGGUUCUGAAUAUGUAAACAAAUUGUCUUUCCUCCCCCACCCCCCACCCAACACCUUGGUUAGGGGAAACAAAUGGUUGGGUUUGUCAUCUUUGUAGGCCACUAGAGCCUGCAUCUGCAUUCUCCAAAGCUAAUGAUUUAUAUUAAUCAUUUGACAUUAAAUGAUGGUUUGGAAAGACAUAAUGCGUGAUGUUUCCUGCUU